UGUAGACAUUUUACCGCGUGCGCGCGUGUUGAGUGUAUGAAGAAACAGCGCUGCAAAUAGGCAUUUACGUUGUAAGUGCAAUGGACAUUUUCAACGAAAUGCUGCUCCAGUAUCCACAGCUGAUGUAUGGUGGGGUUGGAGCAACUGCAUUUGUUACUGGAGGCGCCCUUAUCUACAAAAUCGCUACCAGGAAGAAGCCGACACAUGUAAAUGUGAACUGUUGGUUUUGUAACCAGGAUACUGUCGUUCCCUAUGGAAAUCGGAACUGCUGGGAUUGUCCAAAUUGUGAUCAGUACAAUGGAUUUCAGGAGAAUGGUGACUACAACAAGCCCAUACCGGCCCAGUACAUGGAGCACCUAAACCAUGGAGUUUCUGCUGGCCUUAUGCCACCUGAAACCCCUAAAACGCUACAGUGGGUGAACUGCCAGAUGCUGCUCUGCAAGAAAUGCAACAACAAUCAGACUCUGAAGAUCAAACAGCUGGCUUCUUUCAUCCCGAGGGAAGAUGAAAACUACGACGAAGAGAUUGAGGUGUACAAACACCACCUGGAACAGACGUACAAGCUCUGCCGACCCUGUCAGACGGCCGUGGAGUACUACAUCAAGUACCAGAACAGGCAGCUUCGGACACAGCUGUUUAAUCACCAGCUGCGGCGCAGUCGCGAGGCCGACAAAGCCUUUGUCAAAAAUUCUUACUCCCUCCCCACACCUGCCCGUGUGAUAUUCCUCCGCUUCCUAGCCUUCCUCUUCUGUGUGUUUCUGGUUGCCGUGACGUUGUGCGACACAGACACCUCCGAUGGACAGAGUGCCCCAGCCACCCUUAGUGGUGGGGUGGCUCCCCCAAAGCACGCCCAAGUCAACGAGAGCGCCUCGGAGCAGAAUGCUAGCACUGACGGCUGGCCAGUAGGGCAGAUGUGGAGUGAGAUGGUGAACCUGUUGCCUGAAGAGGUGCUGGAGAAGGGCAGGCUGCUCUGGCAGAACGGCAGUGACCAUCAGACAGCUGUGGCCUCCAUGGGCAUGCUGACCUGCCUUACCAGUGUUCUAAUGGCUGGACCUGUCAGACUGCGAAGGAUUGAUGCCGUUGCCUCGGUCUUGUGGUUUGUGGUCACGUGCCUUUACUGGUCGGAGAGUUACCUGAAGAUGGACGUCCCGGGCUGGCUCGACACGAUCAAGUUUGGCACCACUUGUUUGUGCUGCCUGGUUGGCUUUGCUGCUGCUGUGGCAACUCGUAAAUCCAUUGGUCAAAGGAGAGCCAGAGGUCGAAGGUACCUGUCAGGCGGCUCUGUGUGCGGUGGACCAUCUGCUUUGCUGACCAUGCCCAUGUCUGGGUCCUCCACCUUUGUCCCCACUCCACCCCCAAACCUCUCGCAUCUCAUCACCAGACAGCAGAGCCAGAGGGCUCGCAAGGCCUCCCCCUCGUCUCUGCCGGGGAGGCUAAAUCGAGCCCUGUCUCUGGGAACCAUUCCCUCGCUCACACGAACAGACUCCGGUUACCUGUUCAGCGGAAGUAGGCCACCCUCACAGUGCAAAGACUCUCCACCCUCAGACUACUUUUCACUGAAGUCUGGGAGUCGUCCCUCCUCUCCUGGCCCCUCUCCCACACCCUCAGUUGCAGGCUCGGUCACGUCCACCUCCAGCUCGGCCUGGCAGCGUCGUCCCCUCAUCAGCCCAGCGCGGCUCAACAUCGGCGGACGCAAGUUGCAGCUCUUCUCCCAGCCUCAGGAGCCAGUCAGCUUGUUCACCCCUCCCUGCACGCCAGAGCCCACCCACUUCUCUUCCAACAACAGCCCAUAUCUACCAGAUGGGAUGCCCUUCUCCACUUCAAAUCACGACUUGAGCUCUGUGCUGGAGAACAGCAGUGUGUCCGAUCUGGAUGAGAAGAGGGAAGAUGGGUCUUCUGGCUCCUCAAAGUGUCACGUGGACACCACAACUGGCAACGGAACCGAGAGCAAGUCUGAGUGGAAGGGUCUAUUCAGCUGGUCCCUCUGGCCUGGUGUGCUGUGUGCAAGUCUAACAGCCAACCUGUUCCUCUCCUCCCUCUACCUGUAUCACACCUGGAGAUGAGCACUGCUUCCCCAGCCGUAACUAGACUCUUUGGAGGUCGAGGGAAGUAUGCUUUGCUCUCCUGAAUGUAGACUCCUUUUGUUUUGGACUUGGUCUCCAGUCAUGACGUGAUCCCAGGAUUAGUAUCACGCAAAUGUACAAUCUUAACUGGUGCCGGGGGCGGGGGGGGGUAAAAUGGCCGCUGUUUUAUCACAGCUACUCUAGUUGGGCUUAGCGAAUAGUGUGGGUAUAAUACUCACAGCCACUGGACAUUUACAGGUGGUGGACAAAAUAUCGGAAAGGCCUACCAAAAGAACAUAUCUAGUAAACUAAUAUCAAAAAAAGCCCACUCGUAACCUUCAAAACAUUUUUAGUGUUUGUAGAAAUGUCAUACAGUAUGAUUCACUGGUGCAGAUGCUUUGUGAUCAUGGUUUAGGUAGUUCAAAGCUACUCCUUUUCUUUUCAGAAGUUCCAGUAUUUUGUCCACGUCCUGUAUAGUGAAGCCUCUGAAUUUCAUUGAGCUUCAUCUCUUGUCGCUGGAUUGUUUGUCAAUCAGGUCUUACACCAUGUGUGAAUCUAAUUAACACAUCCCAUUUCAAAUUAACCUUAAUCAAGCCUCUUAUCCAGGCACUGAAGGAAAAAAAGAAAUCAUUAGUUACAUUGUACUUGUCUCCUGAAGCGUCUAUGUUACCACAGGAUCUUAACUGUGGGUAGGCUGCUUGUUUUUGUUUUGUUUUAUGGCCAAGGCAAAGAUCUGUAUGUUUUCUGUGUGAACCCUCAGCUCCCA